AUGUCGGAGCACCUCAAAGACGCGGCCCAGGCGCAAGACUCGUUCGAGCAGGACUUCAUCCGGCUCUCGCACGGCAUCAUGAAGAUCAUCGUCGAGCCGCUCGUCAACCACAUGGGCUUUUACAAGACAGUCGCCGAGCCGGUCGUCCUGCUGGACAGCGCGUGCGGAUCGGGCGUGCUGACGCAGGAGGUGCAGGCCGCGCUGUCGGAUGAGGUUCUCGCAGCGAGCUCGUUUACCUGCGCGGACAAUGCGGUGGGAAUGGUGGAUUUGGUCAAGAGGAGGAUUGUGGAUGAGAAGUGGGUGAAUACCGAGGCAAGGGUUCUUGAUGCCAUGAACACUGGGCUCCCGGACAACACUUUCAGCCAUGUGGGUGUUGCUCUGGCACUGCAUCUCACCCCCGACCCAGACGCCGUCGUCAAAGACUGCAUCAGGAUCCUCAAGCCAGGCGGCACCUUUGGCGCCUCGACAUGGCCCAAGGCCAACGCCGACAUGUUCUGGAUCCCCGACAUGCGCACCGCCCUCGAGUCCCUCCCCUUUGACGCGCCGCCGCUGCCGGCGAUCCCCAUGCAGAUGCACCACUCGGGCCACUGGGACGACGCCGCCUGGGUCGAGACGCAUCUCGCGCGGGACCUGGGGCUGACGAACGUGUCCGUAAGGGAGAGCGGCAGCAGGUACAGGUUUGCGAGCGCGGACGAGUUCAUGGCGACGUUUUCGAUGAUGGUGCCGUGGAUGAUGAACACUUUCUGGAGCGACGAGGUGAGGGAAAAGCAUUCGGUGGAUGAGGUCAGGGGGCUGGUCAAGAGGCAUCUCGAGGACAAGUAUGGGGGGCACGGCUGGAGCAUUGGGUGGCGGGUGAUUACCAUGACGGCGACUGUGAGUAAGUGA